UAAAAGAUAGGGACCUAGUUUCAUGGAAAGUUCAUACCUCUUGCAAUAAUCGAAAUCAGUUUAGCAAAUUACGCAGGAAAAUUCAAAUCCACAGCAGCAGUCCUUGCAAAGAAGCCAAAACUAUUUUGGAGCUUUUUAUCUGAGGAUUGCACAGAUGUAUAUAUAAGUAACAGGUGGUAAAGAGCUUUCUUGUGCCUUUAGUUAGACUACCAAGAAGCUAUAUAGAGUAUCGUGUGUGCAUCAAUAAAAACAAUCUGUUCUCUGUUUUGCACUUUCUUCUCUCUAUCUUUUAGUAAACCAGGAAUUAAUUCAUGGCUUUGGAAGUGGCGUUUGGAGCUGUUCUUACUGUUCUGGUUGAUAGAAUCGCUUCCCGCCGCGUUGUUGCCUUCAUCCGUGGAAAGAAAGUCAAUAAUGUUGGGUUGAUCAGGAAGUUGAAACAGAUGUUACUUUCAGCUAAUGCAGGACUAGGUGAUGCUGAAGAGAAGCAGACCAGAAACAAAGCGGUGAGGGCAUGGCUUGGUGAGCUUAAAGAUGCUCUUAAUGAAGCAGACAGCUUGCUCAAGGAGAUAGGCUCCGAAGCUCUGCGACGCAGGCUGGAAGAAGCUGAAUUUGGAAGCAGCAGCACAAGUGAGGUACAAAACUUGAUCGAUUCUAGUGAUGAAUUUGACGAAAGUCUUAAGCCCAAGAUACUUGAUAUUCUUGAUAACUUAGAGUACAUUGUAGAUGAAAAGAAAGUGCUUGGUUUGAGAGAUGAGUUAACAUUUGGUCUAGAAGAAAGCUUACCCACAACAUCUUUGCAAGAGGACUCUGGUGUGUUGUAUGGAAGGGACGAAGACAAGGAGAUCAUUGUCAAGUUACUAUUAUCAGACGAUGCGUCGACAUCCACCUCAAAUCGUGUAAGGGUGAUUCCAAUUCUGGGCAGGACUGGGAUUGGGAAGACAGAGCUUGCUCAGUCUGUAAACAAUGAUAUUAGAGUGAAGAACCAUUUUGACCUCCAAGCAUGGAUUUGGGUUUCAAAAGAUUUUGAUAUUGUUGGAAUUACACAAACAAUUUAUGGGUCAAUCACUUCACAAAGGUGUGAUAUUGAGGACCUUAAUCUGCUGCAGAUUAAGCUCAAGGAGGCAUUAAGGGGGACGAGGUUUCUCUUGGUCCUUGAUGAUGUCUGGGACUUCAGUUACAUUUCUUGGGAUUUAUUAAGGCGUCCCUUUGAGAAUGAAGCAUGUCAAAGUAAGAUCAUCGUCACUACACGUGACAAACACAUUGCAUCCAUGAUGGGUACUCUUCCUGCUCAUUAUCUAAUGGAAAUAUCCGAUGAAGAUUGCUGGUUGUUGUUUGUGAAGCACGCAUUUGAAAACGCAGGUACCACUGCACAUUCAAAUCCUGAAGUGAUUCGAAGACAAAUUGUUAGGAAAUGUAAAGGCAGUCCUUUAGUUGCGAAAACACUCGGAGGUCUCAUGCGCUCUGAAAGAAAUCUAGGUAAGUGGGAACUAAUAUUGGGCCAAGAUCAGCCAGAGACUGCUCACACCGCUCGCAUAGAGGGCGGUUGGGAACUCAAUGAGUCCUACGCAAAUCCUUGCUUGUAAUACUCGUUUGCAUUCAAAUAGUGUUGUGGUUAAAUUCAGUUUCAUCUAAAUUUUAAAUCUUUAAAAGUGUUUCUAAAUUUUUAAUGUCACUACUCCGAAAUUCUCCAACUUCCUUUGGAGA